GCUAUGACGGCGGAAUGCCCACCUUCCCGGCGCCGCCAUCUUGUUGUUGAUUCGAACCGUAGGGAGCGGGCGAGGGAAGUAUUGGAGCCGGCCUGGGGGGACCCGACAGCAGCAGCGCCCCCCGGCCGGGCUGGGGGAAGUUUACCUUGAGAUCUGUGCAAUCAGUAAUCUGGUGGGAAUUUCUGUCCAAGUUACCACGAUGGGCCUAUUUUUGUAAAGAGAAGGACUGAGGCGUUGGAAGACUGGUGGUGUGAUUAGCCACAGCAGUAAUCCCAUCACACUCUGUGUUUAGAUGAAGAAGCUGUUAUGAUCUUCUCUGCAUCAAGGAUUGUUGGCGCACAUUUGCUUACUCGGAUAUCUGAAUGGUGGUCUUUUUUUCCUUUGAGAAACUUCUCCUUCCACCCCAUGCAGCUCUCCCCAUGCCCCAAGUGUGUGACUGGUGUCCAACGCAAUGUGUGUUUGUCAAACCAUGGAGGUGGGGAAGCAUGGCAAGAACACGACCCACGCAGGAGGCAGAGGGGUCCUGCUGGAGCCUUUCAUUCAUCAGGUGGGCGGCCACAGCAGCAUGAUGCGCUAUGAUGACCAUACUGUGUGCAAGCCCUUGCUUACCAGAGAACAGCGCUUCUACGAGUCUUUACCUCCAGAAAUGAAGGAAUUCACACCUGAAUACAAAGGUGUGGUAUCUGUCUGUUUUGAGGGAGACAGCGACGGCUACAUUAACCUGGUAGCAUACCCCUACGUGGAGAGUGAGGCCCUGGAGUCAGAUGAUAUGCCAGAAAGGGACCAGCCACGUCGUAAACACUCCCGUAGGAGUCUCAACAGGUCAGGCAGUACCAGUGAGCACAAAGAGGAAAAAGCAGGACUGACCUGUGACAACUCAGAAAGCAGCACCCAAGAGAUGAAGAACCUCAAGGUGCAGUCAGAUGUUCCUUUUCAGAUGCUUGAUGGAAAUAGUAGCCUGAGUUCUGAAAACAUCACCUAUAACCCAUGGAGUCUGCGUUGCCACAAGCAACAGCUGAGCCGAAUGCGAUCAGAGUCCAAGGAACGAAAACUCUACAAAUUUCUUUUGCUGGAGAAUGUGGUACAUCACUUCAGAUUUCCCUGUGUGCUUGAUCUCAAAAUGGGGACCAGACAGCACGGAGAUGAUGCCUCUGAAGAGAAGGCUGCUCGACAGAUGAAGAAGUGUGCACAGAGCACCUCAGCUUCACUAGGUGUACGAGUUUGUGGAAUGCAGGUAUACCAGCAUGAUACAGGGCAUUAUUUGUGCAGGAAUAAAUACUAUGGCAGAGGUCUUUCCACUGAGGGUUUUCACAAUGCCCUCUAUCAGUAUCUGCACAAUGGAAUAGGGCUACGAAAGGACCUCUUUGAGCCCAUCCUUAGCAAGCUGUACAGCCUGAAAGCAGUACUGGAGAAGCAGGCCUCUUAUCGCUUUUACUCCAGCUCCUUGCUCAUCAUCUAUGAUGGGAAGGAAGACUGGUCUGAGAUAUACAUGGAGCACAGAGCAGAGAUGCGCCUGAAGCACAUGGACAUAUCUCUGCCAGAGAGCCUACAGGAUGGUGGCAGCACAGAAUCCAUCCCCCCUCAGCCCAAGGUGGAUGUGCGCAUGAUUGACUUUGCACACAGCACGUUCAAAGGUUUUCGGGAUGAUCCCACAGUGCACGAUGGCCCGGACAUGGGUUAUGUGUUUGGUUUAGAGAGCCUUAUCAACAUAAUUGAACAGAUGCGGGAUGAGAACAAAUAACCUUGGGCGGAACUCUUCAAUUUUGUUUCCCCACUGAUAGGAACAGAAAGAACCAUCCCUCCUUCGUUGAAAGCAAACUCAGUUGCUCUGAAAAAAGUAUUGUUCCAAUGUUUUUAACUACAUCAAAGAACAUAAUAUCCUGAAUGAGCCUGUCAAAUAUGGCUUUGACUAUUCUGGCUCAGAUGCUUUUCAGGAAAAACGCAUGUCAUGGACUACAACACUGGGCAUUUGUGUCCAAAACUAGCAUUUAAUGCAGCCCUCUGAUCAUGUCUGUGUUAGGGAUGGAGACUCUUACCCCACAGAAAAGAAGAAGGGUGAUGUUUUAGGCAUGUAGAUUUGGGGAUUCCAGUCUCCUCUUUUCUUGUCAACCUUCCAUUGAGGCACUGUGACUUGAACCUCUCUUGUGUUUGAAAAGGGCAUUUGGAUGCAAACUGACAUCACUUACGGGGCUCAUUAGAGGCACAUGGUUUGCACACACUCUCCUCUGUUAUUGCUGCCCCUGUGCAGGCCUGAGAGACUCUGAGAGUUGGUAGUACAAUUUAUUUUCUCUAAUCCUGGGUGUUACUGUAUUAUUCUGACUAGGAAAAUAAAUGACCAAAGGAAAGCCAGAUUAGUUUUGAUUUGUAUUCCAUGGGUGAGAUUUGUAUACACUCCUUCAUCAUUCCCUGGAGCCGAGAUAGAAGCUCUGCAAAUUCCAGAAAGGCCAGGGCAGGAUUACACAAUAUUAUCUUCAUUUGUGUUUUCAUGGGAGAAUUUAGCUGCCUAAGAACAGUAUCAAUAACACAUUUCACCUGGCCCCUUGCGAGUUUUCUGUAACUCAUUCAAGCCGCUCUUUCCAUCCCGUCCUUUUACAUUUUGUAUUUUACAACCUCAUUCAUAGAUGAGCACUUUAGUGCAGAAAUUGAAACUUGCCUUUUCCCUCCUUCCCAAGCCGAUUUUCUAGUGAGCUGGACACUUGUUCCAAUGACAGUAUUUCUGGGAUGAAGAAAAAGGAGGCAUCUGCAUUUUCAGAUGUUUAUCCAGUUGUGGAAGGAAGCGUCUACAUGGCUUUGAACAGUGGCCUCACCGCUGAAUAUGCUGCCACCUGUGCUUGAUUUUGCCUCAGGGAAUUGGCAUCUGCUGGCCUUGUUCCUACGAUUGGUGACUAGUUGAAUGCAUCUGGGCCAGAUUCUGACACCACAUAUGUAUUCACAACAUUGUUGUGGCUGAGUUAAUCCCCUGCUCCUCUUUUGGACCCUGGAAGCUGACCCUUCCUGGUUAGAGACAACACGCUACAUCUCUUUGAAAUGCAGUGUGUUGGGAAGAGAGUUGCUGCCAUAGAGAACCAAUACCAAGGCAUUAAGAUUGAGAAGAGCUGUCUUAUGCUGGAUGCUCUUAAGACAGGAGGAGAAGGCUCAUUGGUGUGCUGAUUCUGUGCCUCCCUUUUGGUAUGGUAUGGUCUUCAUAGGUCAGUUUUUCAAAGUCUGUCUGACUUCCAUCAAGCUGCUUCUGGUAAGGGUUUAGCUAGUGCUAGUACGUGUCUGCAGGAGCAAAGCUUGCUAGUCCAAUUCUGCAAGUUUUGUAAGCUUGGUGGAAGAACCAUCCCUGUACCGACCAAUUCAGUACUAGUCUGAGAUCUUGCUGCUUCUAGGGGAAGCUACUAUAAUGAGGGACAUUUUGCACUUGGAACAGGGUAGUUCAGUUUCUCCAGCAUUAUCUCUGAUUCCCAGAACUGAAGGGGAAAGCUAGAGCCUGCACAAUGUUGCUAGACUCUAUUGAGCCUUGCUUUUGAAAGCUUUGUGUUAAGUAUGAGGCAUCAUAAUUGUUUCAGUUGAACAGCAUCCUUCAAGAGUGCUGUGAAGGGUUUGGACUGUACACAAUUGUUAAUCCCUCCAUCAUUUCAGUAAUAAGGGGAAUAAUAUACUCAGACACUGUACAAAGUUUCCUUCCUGUUCUAGUGACUGCUAUGUUUUAUAAUCUUAAAAAACGACAGCCCAACCCUCUGGACCAUUCAACCCUUUUCAUCAGUUCCAGAGCUUGUAAAUAGCAUAUUUUCCUUGUUGUCAGGUUUUGUUUUAUAAAGCUAGUCACUCUGUUUAAGCUCUAUAAAGAACCAAAAAUAUUAAAGGUUGUGAGUAUUUCAGUAUUGUAGCAUUGUGGUUAAUUUUCAACAGCAUAACUAGAAAGCACAGUCUUGUUCAAUAGCAAUAAGCCUUUCAAGUUUGUUUGUUUUUACUUCAGGAUGAGCAAAAGGACAUGGUUCUGACUGUUCUCUGGACUUGCGUUCAUCACUUGCAUGUCUGAAAGGGUUUGGGUUUUAUCAUUAGAGGCUUGCUUUCAACCAGACUGGGUACCAAGAAAACCAGUUUAUGUAAUUAAAGUUCUUGCUAGACAUGUAUCCGUAAACAGCCUCUUACAAAACAUUGUAAAUGAGUCUGUAUUUGAUGGAGGGGGAGUUUGGGGCGAUGCGUGAGCACAGGCAUCCUGUCAGUACUAGAGCAGCAGAAAUGGUGAUGUACUGGCAAAGCUGCAUGAGGGAACAUCUUCCAGGCUUGUUGGGAAAGUACCAUACUGUCAGGGCAGAUGAAUUCAACCAGAUCUUCUCUUAAUAGUUGGUUCUGCGCCGUCCUGUUGAGUGUGCAUCAGAAUCAGUUUCUGCAGCUUGACAUUUGCCUCCGAUUGAAAGCAGCUCUGCACUGUGAACCUAUCUGCUAAAAUGCACCAACAGAAAUGGGUACUGUCUGUAAGGUAGAAAGCAAUGUAUUUGUCUUCAUUGGCUCUUUUCACAUGUGAGGGAUUCAAUCUGUACAGAAAUGACGUGUGGAAUUCUUCUAAAACUUCCAAGCAGAUUGUAUAGUUCACCAUUUUUGAUUGUCUUACAUGUUUCCAACUUAUUUGACAAAUAUCAGUGAUGUACAAGUACACUCGCUGGCCUCCUCUGCCUUGAAACAAAGGGAACUUGGCUUGCAAAGCUAGCUUAUCCUAUGGCUUUUGUAUAGUGUUCUGUGUCCCGCUCCAGUUUGUUGUACGAAUGGGGCAGCAUAACUUGCUAAGGCAGGAGUUAGCAUUUGCUGUUAAUGUUGCAGCUGGUCUCCUUAUUAUCCAGGCAACUGUCUUUGGUUACUUUUAUUAAAAUCUGCCCUUCUCUCCUUGGUUCUACCUCAUUAACUAAGGUAAAAUUCUUCAGGAUGGUUGUCAGGUCUCUUAUGCCUGUAGGUGUGUUGCCAUAAAACUGGAAGUUAUGUCUCAUGUUACCUAGAGCCAGCUUGCAAAAGGACUGGUUUGCAAACUUGCUGUAGAUGUUUGAUUAAUUUUGAACAACAAACCUAAAAGUAAAACCACUUGACUCCUUGCUCUUGUAGCUCUAAUGGGGCUAUUAGAGUUUUUAGUGCAAUUCUUUGCUCACCAGAAGAAGGCAGGAGUAUGAUCAGUCCUGUGCUGAAAUGCCUCUAGGAUGGAUGAUGAGAGCUCCUGAGCGUACAUUUUAGUAAAGCCAUUUUGCAUGCAUUUAUACAUUCAGGCCCUCUUUUGGAGGCUUGUGUAAGUAAUCCUUCCAGUCUGUUCCUGCUGGAUCAGCGCAGUCUGUUUGUUGCCCUUUACAGUUUGCCGACACUUUAUGUCCAGGUGUGUGAAUUCCUGUAGCAGAACUUUGCACGUACUGUGUUGUUGCCUUCAUGUAGAUGAUCAAUCAGCUUCUCAGCCUUCUGGAAUAUAGCCAGCUAUCUAUCUAGCAAUAUAUAGGAACUGGUAGCUUUGGUGUAUGAACCCAGAAGGGGUUCCCUUAUUUUACAAAUAAGGUCCAGAGAGGAGGGUUGCCAGAUAAAUACUUUUGUAUUUAAGAGCACAGAAGAGGAAGAUUGUGGUCUCUGUUCCUUUUGUACUGGAGGUGGCAACUGCUGCCUUAAAACUUCUCUUCCUCUCCUCCGCUAGAGGUUACUACUGCACUGUGCUUUUUGUUAAUAACUGAUUUUGCCCUUUCAGCUGGACAGGAGCCACCUUCUCUUUACUAGCACCUUCGUAGCCUGGAUUUGCUGCAUGAUCUGUCAGAUGUACAAGUUCAGCUACUACCCUAUGAAGGAUGGAGUAUUGCACUAGGGAUAAUGUUCAGUCCGAUGACUCCAAAGGCGGCCUUCUGUGUGGCAUGGGAAGGUGCUGCUGUCUAAAUUUGACUUGCCAUACCUGGCUUCUGUUGCAAACUGGUGAAGAGUUUUAAUGUCUGAAGUCCUGCUUGCAUCUGUUUCUCCUUACAGAUCCUGUCCCUCCACAGAGGACGAAAUAAUUUCAGUGCCCAUUUGCCUGCCUAGUGGGCUCAGAUGGUGCAGUUUUAGAAGUCUGAGAACAAUAGUACCUGCUGGGAAAGGGAACUUUAGCUAGCCAGUAUCUCACGGAAAACAACAGCAGCGACUUGCCAUUAGUCCUUGGAGUACACCUGUCUAUACACUCAGUAUGUAAUGUGGAGGUGCAAUCUGUGGGCAUAUGCUGCUCUACACCAAUGCAAAGGCCUGCUUUAUUACUCACUGUAAUUGGGUCUCUGCCAAACAUAAAUUUAAUAGGAGAGGCAAUUUUUGGUUUUCAUGGACUACUUCUGAGGGUGGAAGGAGAGCGAGAGAGACGGGCUCCAGGGAUAUGUAUUCUGCUUGUCUUACAUUUAAGUCUGAAAAGAGUCAUUCUAGUUGAGUUCAGACUUUAGUUGUAUUUGUACUAUUAUUGCAUGCUUAUCUCAGGAGCAAAAUUUUUGUUUUUUUAUACUUCAAAAAGCCUAGGUGCAAAAUGGUCUCUAUGAGAACUGCUUGAAAGGGAAGAAAUGUUGCUGUGAUCAGGGAGCACAGUUGCAACUCAAAGGAGAAUGGUUCCCAGCUGUCCCUUUUGACUUGUCUGGGACAGAUACAGCAUCACAUUUCAAAUUUCUUGUAUAUUUUUCAGUUUUGGUGCCAUUUUGUUGAGCCAAGUCAAGUUUUUGGGCAUGGGAAAUGUUAGUAUGUGUACUCAUAUACUCUGCACCCUUGGCUCCUUGGUUGUGUAUAAAGUCAUAUGUGUAUAUAAAUAAACUGCUAGACAUCUA